UAAAGCAGAGCGAGAGUUCAGUGAGAAAUGAGAAGAGACAGAAACAUAGCCACCGGACAUGAAUAUUAAACCAUCCAGACCAGAUAUGUAAAAAAAAAAAAAAAAAGAGAGAGAGAGAGACUUAAACAGAGUAUCCUGGUGGGUUUUUUAAUUUUUCAUUUUUGAGCAGAGAGGGCAAGCUUUUUUAUAGAUUUUUUUAUUUAUAUACCUGCGACAUGAAGCUGUUUCAUUUGGUUUCUCUGUUCUUCUUUGUCGCUACAGGAUUGGUGUUCUGCUCAGAGGAUGAGACACGUCUAGUAAAAAAACUCUUCACUGGCUAUAAUAAAGUGGUUAGACCUGUCAAACACUUUAAAGAUGCUGUGGUGGUCACUGUGGGACUGCAGCUAAUCCAACUCAUUAGUGUGGAUGAGGUCAACCAAAUUGUCACAACCAAUGUGCGUCUGAAACAGCAAUGGAAAGACAUGAACUUGCAAUGGAACCCAGAGGAGUACGGAGGAAUAAAAAAGAUCCGAAUUCCAUGCACGGAUAUUUGGAGACCUGACUUAGUCCUCUAUAACAAUGCUGACGGUGAUUUUGCCAUUGUGCAUGAGACCAAAGUUCUGCUAGAAUACACAGGAAUGAUCACCUGGAACCCACCCGCCAUCUUUAAGAGCUACUGCGAAAUCAUUGUGCUUCACUUCCCUUUUGACUUGCAGAACUGCAGCAUGAAGCUCGGGACAUGGACAUUUGAUGGAAAUCUUGUCGUCAUCAACCCAGACAGCGAUCGGCCAGACCUGAGUAACUUCAUGGAGAGUGGCGAGUGGGUGAUGAAGGACUACAGAAACUGGAAGCACUGGGUUUAUUAUGCUUGUUGCCAAGACACUCCAUAUUUGGAUAUCACCUACCACUUCCUUUUGCUGAGACUGCCGCUCUACUUUAUCGUCAAUGUGAUUAUCCCAUGCAUCCUCUUCUCUUUCCUGACUGGCCUGGUCUUCUAUCUGCCCACAGACUCAGGUGAGAAGAUGACCCUCAGUAUCUCAGUCCUGUUGUCUCUCACUGUGUUCUUGCUGGUGAUUGUGGAGCUCAUUCCUUCUACCUCGAGUGCUGUUCCUCUCAUUGGAAAAUACAUGCUGUUCACUAUGAUCUUCGUCAUCGCCUCUAUCAUCAUCACCGUCAUUGUUAUCAAUACACACCAUCGCUCACCUAGUACACACACCAUGCCUGCUUGGGUUCGCAAGAUUUUUAUUGACACCAUCCCUAAUUGGAUGUUCUUCUCUGCUAUGAAGAGGCCCAGUGGUGAAAAACGCACUAAAAACAUUUUCGCUCCUGAUCUGGAUAUCUCUGAUAUCUCUGGGAAGCCGAUGCCCACUGCUGUGCCCUUCCAGUCGCCCAUAAUCAAGAACCCAGAUGUACGCAGUGCUAUAGAAGGAGUCAAAUACAUCGCAGAGACCAUGAAAUCAGAUGAGGAGUCGAACAAUGCCUGUGACGAGUGGAAGUUUGUCGCAAUGGUUCUGGAUCACAUUUUGCUCUGUGUGUUCAUGACAGUGUGUAUAAUUGGAACGCUGGGUGUCUUUGCUGGGCGGCUUAUUGAGCUCAGUCUUUUAUGAAAUGGUUAUAAUAUUUUUAUUAAUAAUUAUAAUGUAAGUUUGGUAGGAUAAAUAUGCAAGUUGCAAGUAAAUUCACAAUGUGUGUAGUGUGCCAAAUAUAUAUAUGUAUCAUAUAUUUAUAUAUAACACACUCUUAAAUCACAGUAUACAGAGCCAUGCCUUAAUAUUGGUUGAUUUAUAUUCAUUAAUAGUAUAGAUUUUUCUUAAACGAUGCAUACAGCUUUGGUAUAAAUUAAAGCAUAUCCUUUUGUUUUAAAUGCAAUUGCUUGGUUUUAUUAAAUCACACAUAUGUAACUUUCAUACGUUUUCAGCUUUCAAUAAGCUCUAUGCAAUAUUUAAAUGAUCAGAUCUCUAUUCCUCUUCACAUAUGUCCUAAUUUAAAACUUGCUAGGGUUCCUUCCUCAUACUGCAGUUGAGUCAUUCUGCUUGUAGAUCAGUAUGAAGUAAACAAGGUUAGACUUACUCAUUACAAAAGGCUUAUUGAAAAGAGGAAGCGGCCUUCUUCAAUUCGCUUUUCUUUCCUUUGGGUUUAUUUCAAUAGCAAAGCACCUGUCAUGUAAAUGCGAUUGCUUUCUUAUAAACUGGAAAUCUAAUCUUCACAAAAAUCUGACCUUGUGAGGCCUUAAAAUACCACCAUUUACACACUAUCGGCAUUUUUUUGGGAACUAAUUAGCCUAACCUGCAUAUCUUUGGACUGUGUGAGGAAACCCACCAAGCACGGGGAGAACAUGCAAACAUGGACACAGAGACAGGAAUCAAACCUGGACCCUGGAGGUGCAAGGUGACAGUGCUAACCACUACACCACUGUGCCGCCAUGCAAAGAACUGAAAAGAUUUAUAUUUCCCAUAAAUCCUGGUUUAUGUUUUGACAUCUUAUCUCUGCUUAUAUUACCCACUUUGUUCCUCUUUUUGUAAGUGUACGGAGAUCACCUGCUACUUACUGUUCACUUACUCAUACAGAAUGAAGAGCUGAGGAAAUGUG